AUGUACAAAGUAUUUAUUUAUUUAUUAGUUUUAUUUUUGGUUUUAGUACAAUUGACAAAAGCUCAACAACCAAGUGACGAUGAACUCUACUCUGUAUUUGAGAAUUGGAUGGUUGCUUAUGAAAUUACAAUUCCAGCUGACCAAUUAUCAGAUAGAUUUAAAAUUUUUAAAGAUAAUGUAGUUAUAGUUGCAGGAUUAAAUUCAAAUCAUACAGAAGAAGUUAUAGAUAUUGAAUUGUUGUAUCCAGCAGAAUCACUUUCAGAAUCAAAAAGAUCAUUGUUGGCAAUAGAGGAAGCUGAACCCACCAUUUCAUAUCCAUCAAUGGAUCAACCAUCAUACUCUUUAAAUGAAUACAGUCAAAUGACUACUGAAGAGUUCUUGGCAUCAAACACUGGAUUUGAUGGAUCAGAGUUCAUUCCUGUUGCAGCUGCUGCUGGUUUGGCUGCCUCUACUAUUGGAGCUAUUGCAGCUGGUUCUGUAUUUGUAGCUGGUACGACAGUAGCCACAGUCAUCGUUGUCAAGAAGCAUUUGAACAAGAAAAAGAAGGAUGCAGCUGAACAAACCAGUGAAAUCGAAAUGGAGGAAGCACCAAGAGAAAGAAGAAAGACAUUGAUUGAUAUAUUUAGGUUCCAUCCUAAAAACAGUCAUCAAUCAAUUACUGCUAGAACUCCAGCAACAACCUCUUCUUAA